AUGAGUGUUUUGUUCUUUCCCUCGGGACUCAAUGGCGACUUCGUGAGAAUGGACCGCCUUCUCGACGUUCCUUACCUGGGCGCACAUCAGGGACCCCCAACCGUGAUCACGGUGUCUGCCCCUUCGACAACCGACACGGCUACAAUAACCGAGUCGAACACCUCUUCUGAUACCCAGAAGCCGUCGGAUCCUCCAACGAACCCGGAAUCUAGCCCGAGUUCGACUGUUCCGGCGACGACCUCCUCGGAAGUGGUCGUGACCACCACAGAUGGGCCGUUAAUAUCAAUCUCCUUGCCUCCUCUUAUUCCCGACCCUACCACCGACACCACAACCACUUCAGACACUCCGGUGCAGACUCCAGAUCCAACUCCCACAACCACCGAUGGUCCUCUCAUCUCGAUCUCGCUGAGUGUUGAUCUCCCGAUCACCGACCCACCAGUGGACCCCUCCACUUCCUCUUCUACGAGUGAGCCACCAGUGGAGACCCCACCGACAGAUGGACCAUCGAGCUCGUCUACGAUCUCGGUCCCUCAGGAUCCCGAUCCGCCAGUUUCAAACUCAAACACCGUGACCGUCUCGUCUACUACCUCUGGUGGUGUUUUGGAUCCCACGGAUGUCUUCCCAACCCAAACGGCUAGCAUCCCAAGCAUCACCACCACCAUCAUCGACAGCACGAGCCGCCCACCGCUAACGAUCGAGACCGAAUACGAUUUCUUGUCGGCUACUACCCUCGUGUUGGAUCCUAAUGCGGUAAAUGCGACUAGCACCACUUCUGUGACCAUUACAGACCCGGAUGAGGUUGCCACUCCUACUACUAUACCCACUGGUGGAGCCGCCACGACGCUUACCAUGCCCUCCAUUCCGAGCACAAUACCAAUGUUUAUCACUCCUCCACCUUCUACCGACCCCGUGGCGGCAGAUUCAACCAUUGACGGUUCUGAAAAGAUUGCCAUCCUUUUCCAGAAAUCUACCCUUUCCUGGAAAUACGUGCUCUCCUCUUCAGAAACUGCUGGUCAAAUUCUCGCCUAUCUUCCUUCCCAUGUGGCGUCAAUUUUGGAGCUUCUUGGUGAUGAUGUAAAGGUUGUUGGCUUGCAGGCGUUCAUUCCGGACGAUUAUCGCACCGAGAACGAUUUGAUGACUCUUUUCGUUGCGUUCCUCCCGAGUGACAAAGUUUCCACUCUUGCAUCAAUGAUCCGUACACUCAGCUCGCCAUUCUACCAAACCGACAAUGCCGUGGCCAAGGCUAUUGCACAAAACGUCGUCGCCUCCUACGACAUUGCUUCCUUGGAAGGUGUCAACAACGAGAACGGAUCCAGCACCACGCCAAGCUCAAACAAUACCAAGACGGACAACUCGCGACGCAACGCCAUCAUUGGCGUUACCGUCACCUUUGGUAUUAUCGCUCUCGUCGUCCUCAUCUGGUGGGGUGUAAGGACCUACCGCACACGCCGCGAGGGUAUGCACAAGCGUCUCUCGUACGGUGGUACGGCCAACUAUGGUGCCACCGGGCGCGGCAUGACUGAAGUCGGUGGUUAUACUGCUACUCGCGCUGAAUCUCCUCCCAUGUUGCACAACCCCUUCAUGACGGAGCGCGAGAGGGAGGAAGAAGCCCGUGGAAUCCGCCGCAACAGCUUCUACGCCAUCGGUCCCGACGACGCAAGCAUCGAGGAGGAAACAUUCGACUAUCUCUCUCAUCGCAACAGCACUUACAGCGGUGGUGUUGGUGGUGGCGCGACGGCACUCCACCGAUCUGGCAGUGGAGGUAGCGGAGGUGCUCGAUGGGGAGGUGGUAACUCGAACAAUGGCCAUGGACAACGAAGGCUCGUCGUUGGUCAACCUAUCUCGCAACCCAUCUUGAGGGAGAGUAGCAUGGGCAACUGGUAA